UUCUAUUCACUUGUGUUGUACAGAUAUUCUGGCCAUAAGCGCCACGUGUCCUUCCUCUCCCGGCUAUGUAACGAACACAACUGCUGCCCUUAAACCAUGAAAUCUCGUUGGUUUAUGGCUGCUGCGAAAACUGUGAUGAUCAUUCUGCUAAUAAUUUAUCAUACCACAGGAUUUGUGACUUCAAACACAGCACGUCGGUAGUCUGAUGCGCCCGGUAGUGCAGCAGGAUUACAGUACUUACCUACGGUAUACUGCAGAAUCGCCACUGUGUACGACGUUAACGAGGAAAUUGUAAAAUUAAUAUAUUUCAGUCAAACAGAUUGUUUAAAGGCAUUUAGUUACGUACGCCAUUGAAAAUGGAUUAUUUGAGAAAGCCACUCGAUGCCAUGACUAGUAAGCUGUUUAUUGCUGCUCGAGAUCUGAAGCUGAAGGAGUCAAAAUCCAACGAGGAAGAAAACACCAUCAUAAGCCCUUUUGCCGUAACGGCCGUAGCGGCGCUCCUGUACUACGGAUCAAAAGGCGAGCCAGCACAUCGGCAACUGGAAUCGUUGCUGCGCUUUGGAGAUUUAUUCGAAGGCAACGAUGACGCCAAAAAUGUGUUAAUGGCGUUCCGCGCGGCCAUCAAAACACUAACAAAAUUCCGCGACGGGAAUGACCAGGAGGCCACUGAACAGGCGGAAGAACUGGCAGCUCAGUACUUUCAGAUGGUUUUGGCUACGAAGAUCAUCGUCCAAAGCAGUGUUGAUAUCCAAAGGGAAUUUGCGGAUCUUAUCAAUCGCAAUCUGAACAUUGAUAUUGAGAAGCUGGAGCUGAAUUUCAGUAAACACGAAGGCGAGAAGGCCAUUGAAUCGUGGCUGAAGGAGAAGAUCGAGAGCCGAUUCGAUGUGUCGGUUCCCGAAGGCCUGAUUGACGCCCAGUACAACGGACCGCGGGCCGUAAUCGCCUCGGCCGCCCAUUUUCGGGCCGGAUGGGACACACCGUUUGAACGCAGUCGCACAUUCUGGGGGCCUUUCCGAUUGGACAACGGAAAGACCAAACAAGUGCAGUAUAUGAAUAUGCGCCAAACAGUUCCUUACUCUUGUGACGAACACGCCGGAAUUAAAAUGGUAGAGAUCCCAUUUUAUCAGAACACCGCUUCAUUGCUCCUAACAAUCCCAACGAAAGCCAAAUCCAUUCAACAACUGACAUCGAUGCAGAUAAACUGGAAACAGUUACACAUCGAUAUUAACGAUGUAUUCGAGAAACGCCGACAUGGUUUUGGGGCAUAUGGCCAGCCUCGGCUCGGCCGCGGAGUCUCGUGGAAAACGUCAGAACAUGCUCGGCCACCGGAAGGAGCGUAUACGUGUUAUCGCGAGCAGUGUCACCUGGUCCGUGGCCAGGUGACCCCCUGAUUCGUGGUCAGGGGUCGAAGACACCUGAUUCGUGGCCAGGUGAUACCCUGAUUCGUGGCCAGGGAGUGAGCUGGAUCCUGAUACGUGGCCAGGAUGUUGCGGCUGCCUUCCGGUGCGGUUCUGUGCGUACCAUAGCGAGAGAGCAGCGCGAGUGAGGAAUGGCCUUUAAUGAGUUUCACACUGGUGCUGCUAUAACUAACGAAGUCAACAAGACAAGAGUUAAUUGCUAAAGGGUUGGGAAGGCGGGUAACAGGAAAAUUGCAACGUUAACUUUCAAUGAUCAACAUCCAAUUUUGACACACACGAAAAGUGAGGAUAACAGGCAAAGGACUCGCACAUGCCGAAAAACACCAAUGCGAUAAAUACAACUAGGCCAGCGUGAGAUAGAACUGACGGUUAGGUAGUCCGUAGGCAAAAAGGCAGUUUGCACACCGUCCGCACAGGAAAGGCAGGCGAUUCGCUGGCACACAUGCUGGUGCUACAUUCCAGGAAGGAAGAGAAAAUGCAUCUGUCGGUUCGCUCAAAGUCCGGCGGCUAAUCUUUAAUGUCCUGUGCAGAAAGAGAGUAGCUCUUGCCGGCGUUUCUCUCGCAUCGUUAAAACAAGUUAGCGAUUAAACGCUAACUUCAAUUAACGAUGUAUUCGAGAAACGCCGACAUGGUUUUGGGGCAUAUGGCCAGCCUCGGCUCGGCCGCGGAGUCUCGUGGAAAACGUCAGAACAUGCUCGGCCACCGGAAGGAGCGUAUACGUGUUAUCGCGAGCAGUGUCACCUGGUCCGUGGCCAGGUGACCCCCUGAUUCGUGGUCAGGGGUCGAAGACACCUGAUUCGUGGCCAGGUGAUACCCUGAUUCGUGGCCAGGGAGUGAGCUGGAUCCUGAUACGUGGCCAGGAUGUUGCGGCUGCCUUCCGGUGCGGUUCUGUGCGUACCAUAGCGAGAGAGCAGCGCGAGUGAGGGGAGCCCCAAACAAGAAUGGUACGCGCAGACGUUGCGGGCGGAUGUAACGCUUAAACGAGGACGAUUUCCACCGUCCCCGUUCACAUAUGGCGUCAGCUGACAGGCCAUCGGCGGCAGCCGAAGUGGCGCCGCCAAUUCGAAAAGAAUGGGAUGAAUAGCGGGCGCGGUCCUCCCCAUCAGGAAGGGUCGUCUUCAGUGCCCGUGUAAGGUCAAUCCGCGUGAGGAAGCGGCCGCUGCUAAGGAUAAAAAAUGGCAAAUCAGAAGGCUGUCGAUGCUGACGCUGCUGGGCAUAUGUGACACAGGCGCUGUGGAUGAUCGGAGCUUCGCAAGCUGUCAAAGACAGCGUAGCUCCCUUCUUUUGCUGGUCUGUUUUCGACUGCUUGAUGGAAAGCUGCAGCAUAGAGUCGUUCCAACGCACGUCUUGGAGCAGGAGAGUGGCAGACAUCUCAAACAUUGUCGGUGAUGGCGAUGUCAGUUCCGACACUCGCAGCAGGAAAUGAUGAGCCAUCGUGAAAGCGGCCCAAAUCAUCUGUUGGUCGUAUUGUGUGGGGAAGGUUAGAUGUAAUCGGCUUGGAAGGCGUCCCAACAACUGAAAAGUGACCGGAAGUCGUUGAUCCGGUUGCGUUCCAGUCAGUCGGCGGGCGCCUGCCACAAUCUGCUUCAGUCUGGGGUUGGCUGUGGGAUCGGCCAAUUUCUGCGAUAUGUGACGUCUGGCAACAGCGGCUACAUACACAUUUAUAGUUGACGAUGACGACUUCCGGUUGAACAAGUAUGCCACAUAAUCUUCGACUGUUUCCGGAGUGGCUGGCCAUGGUUGUUUCAUUGCUGAUCUGCAAAACUGCUCGAAACUUCGCUCUCCAAUUGCGUAAGCUCUUCGGGUAGAAGUAGCCACUCCGGCGGCGAAAAGAGCGCCGGCGUCGAGGUUGUUAUGGGAGGCUCCUUUCCGAUGAGGAAUGGUUUCAGCCGUGUAAGCAGAUCCGGUACCGACAUACCGUUGGCGUCCGCUGAAGGAUGGAGCUGACGAAAACGUUGCAACUGGAAUCGAGACAAUGCGUCAGCAGUGCUAUUAUCAACGCCAGCGAUGUGCGUAAUUCUAAUAAUAAAAUUAAACCGCGCCGUAACAAAGUGAAUUCUGCGUAUGAGCUCCAUCACCGCUGGGUUCCUACAACUGCCAGCUGACCAUGUCUGAGCUGUCGCUGUAUUAUCGCAAUGAAAAAGCACUCGUUUUCCGCACAGCUGUUCAUUCCAAAUAACGCACGCUACAUAGAUUGGGUACAUUUCCAGAAACGUUAUCGGUGGGUUCACUUUUAGCAGCCAACCCGGCCACGCGCCCUGGAACCACUCAUUACCGAGCGUGCCUCCAAAACCUAUCGCUCCUGCCGCGUCAGUGUACAGAUGUAGUACGCUUGCCGGUAACCAUUCUGGUUGUACAAAGCCGGCCGUCCCGUUCCAUGCCGGUAAGAACUCCCUCCACCACGCAACAUCACGACGGAAUCCCUCCGUCAGUGUAAUCCGGUGAUACAGCCGAUUCACCUUGCAGCUCAGUUGAAUCAUGCGUCUCAAAAAUAUUCGGCUGGCCGGUAUACAUUUCGUCACAAAUGACAGCUUACCAAUCAAGCUCAAAAGUUCCCGUUUUGUGCAUUGCGUACAUGCGGAAAAGCUUUCGAGUAACUCUGUUAACUCUGCUAAACGAGCGGCCGAUACAGAUAAGGUAAAGCUUUCACUGUUGAUCUCUACACCGAGAAAUUCAAUUACCGUAGCCGGACCCACCAACUUUUUCUCAUUGAUCGGAACACCCAAAUACUUACACACUGACUGAACCUGCAUUACUAACCGCCCACAUGCCCAACUUGCUGCUUUACCGCACAUGAAAAAAUCGUCCAAAAAAUGAAGAAACGUAUCACUUCCCGUACACUUUUUGAAUAUCCACUCGAGCAUGCGGGCAAAGGUGUCGAACAAAUACGGGCCUGAACGUAAACCGAACGGGACUACUACAUCAUGGUAAAACUGCCCUUCCCAUUCGUAUCCCAGCAAAUGCCAAUCGCUCUGCCUGACUGGUAAAUUACGAAAUGCGCUCUCAAUGUCUACUUUUGCCAUUAACGAUCCCCGCCCAUGAAACAUCACCAUUUUAACUGCAUCAUCUACGCCUACGUAAGUUAGCGAAUACUUAUCUUUCGGAAUAAAAUCAUUCACGCUCAGUCCGAAUGGUUGCGACAGAUCCAUAAUAACUCGAUGGCCUGACGGUCGCUUCGGGCGCAGCCCAAGUGGAUUCACAACAAAAUUCGGAUGUGGCUGCACUUUAAAUGGACCCCUUGCAUGAUUGGCUUGCACCUCCUUCAUGAUCAUUGCGGUGAUGACCUGUGGAUCUUGGAGUGCUGAACGUGCGUUUGCGGUAAACCGGCGUACUUGUGGGCCGUUAUAUCCGAUUGCAAAGCCAAACCUGAAACCCUGCAAUAGAAAACACACAGCCUCACGGUCAUCAUGCUCUACCAGUAAUUCAGCGAGUCUCUCGUCGGAAACGGGCGUCGCCACCUCCGGCCUUGGCGUUAGUACUACUGGCAGGCUUAUGCUGGGCUGAAUCGUGCUCGUGGACGGUGUGGUCGGCCGCCCUGCAUGUUCCACACAAGUGCUUGAAGCGGCAGUUCGAACCGUUGGUGCAUCUCCCGUUGUUCCAGUUCCUGCACAAGUCUGGCGGGAUGUGUCGAAAGGGCCGAUCCCCCUUUGCGUCUUUCUGUCCCUGUGCAGUGAUCUGGAGCUUUUUCGGGCAGUCCUGAUCUGUAUGGUCCGCAAUGCUGCAGUCGCGACAUAAUGGCAGAUGAGCGCGAAGCGGAUGCCUGGCUAUACAGCGGUCCAGCAAGUUUCGAUCCAGCAGGUUCCACUGAUCAUGGUUAGUGACAUCACGGAUGCGGCAGGCACGAAAAGUCUUAUCAUACUCCAACCACACUGGCGGCAGGUAGACACCUGCCAUUUCAGUCAUAAUCGUAUGGUAAGAAUCGAGCGGUUGCUGAAGAGCGGGAUAGUAAUAACUGCGCACACGGCGAAACACAAUAAAUGCUUCGUUCCACAGAGUGAACGAGGUAAUCGUAAUCUUCUUCGGCUUUGAAUCAGAAAGAAUAAAGUUUCCAUCCCUAAUCUCGAAUUUAGCUUCUCCCUGAAUCGGCGACAUGAUGGUAUUUGCUCUAAGCAAUUUAUCUAAGUCAACGUUCACCGUAAGAUCGUACAGUUCUUCAAGACAUUUCUCACUGACAAUUGGGAACCCAGCCGGCAACGGUGGCGGUUUCUUACUGUUACUCGCUCCGGUGCUGGUGGAUGGCGCCGCCUGGGCCUCGUUGACCUUCUGAGUAAGCUGGACAAGCUGAUUCUGCUGAUUCAUCAUGAGCUGAAGCAGCAUAGUCGUUUCCGUCGGUGGUGGCUGUGGAGGCUGUGGUGGUGGGGCCUCCGAUGUCGACAAGACAGGGAUGACGUCCGCAUCCUUCUGCGCUAACAACGACUGCAAAUGCUGCCUUGCCAUGGCAAUCUGAGAAUCCAGAUCUCCUGUGCUUCCCGCGCCAGUACUUCCACCAGAUGCCGUCGGACGGGUAAUAGGGUUCGCGCGCGCACGCGGACGGCCGCGAGCUGGCCGUGUCGCAGGCGGUCCCGGCGCAUUGGAUCUCCUACCGCGCCGUCCAGUCAUGCUUUAUGUGAAAACACAAUGCUGACAACAACGAUAACAGGAAAAUUGCAACGUUAACUUUCAAUGAUCAACAUCCAAUUUUGACACACACGAAAAGUGAGGAUAACAGGCAAAGGACUCGCACAUGCCGAAAAACACCAAUGCGAUAAAUACAACUAGGCCAGCGUGAGAUAGAACUGACGG